AUGCUCACGCCUCCGUCUGCAGUCGAUCCGUUCAGGAGCCUCUCAGGAUUACUUUCUAGCCCAGCAGGCCAUAUUCUUCCGCAGACUUCUGUCAACGCUGAUGAUAGAGCGAGCUUGACCCAUGCAGAUAAUGUCAAUUUUGGACCAGCCAACGUAUCUGCGCAAGAUGGCGUAGAUCAAACAAUGGCCUUUUCAGGGCCCGGAACAUGGUUUCUUGAAGAUAAUUUUGAUGUGGGCGCACUCGACUCCUCCAUCACAUCCGCAAUAUCCGAAUGGGCACAGAUCCCUCAGUUAUUCCCAGCCUCGAAUCAUUAUACUGGAGAAAAUAGCGUUUUCGACCCUAUUCAAAGCCCUGUCCCCGAGGUUGAAAGUUCAAAUAUGACAGGAGACACAGUAAAACGGAAAUGGUUUACGCACAUGUCCCCAUUCGAUGAGAGAAGACCCAUCCGAGAAUUCGCGGCAGAGGCAUCAAGCCGGUCAGGACAAAUGAAUGCGAAUGAAUCUUAUCGAGCUGGUCUUUGUCAGAAGCUUCGCCAGCCUAUGGAAGAUGAGGCCUUACCGACCUUGGAACAGUUGAACCUAUUUGCCAAAUUAUACUUUCAUCGAUUUCAUCCUUUAUUACCAAUCAUACAUACUCCGUCAUUUCGGCCGACGUCAGAAAACUCGCUAUUAUUCUUGUCGAUUUGUUCCAUUGGCAGUCUAUUUGUUGGAUCCUCCCGCGCAGUAGCUCAAGGCUCACGCCUAUUCGAGCGGCUGAACAAGGCCAUUCUGGCAUCAUGGGAGUCAUAUUUAUCACAAAGCCGACCAGACGCCCUGUCUAUGGUACAAGCUGCUAUUCUAGGCCAAACCUAUGCUAUCCUAGCCGGAAAGCCGAAGUUUCUUGUUCUCGCUGAUGUGCUGCAUGGGACAGUUGCCGCCUGGGCCCGUGAAGCAAAUCGGCUGGGUCCUCUUUCUGGCCUAUCACAAGAUAUACUCGACGGCGCCGAUGUCGAGAAAUGCUGGCACAGCUGGAUUGACAGUGAACAGUGCGCUCGAGUUCAAGCGGCACUUAAUAUUCACGACGCCGAGCUGGCUGCUUUGUUUCAUCAUCAGCCUAUUCGUAGCCAUCGCUUCCGCCAGUUUCCCCGCCUAGCUUCGGAGAAACUUUUUCUGCACCUACGGCAUCCUCAUGGGCUGUGGCUUUCCGUCAGUCCCUGA